AUGGGCGAGUCUUCUGUUGCGGCGGUGUGGCAUGUCGUGCGCAACACUGCUUCGGCAGUAGUUGCUGUCGGCAUGAACGAAGCCGUUAGCACUGCGGAUCUAUCUGAAACGCAGCUUUUUGAACAACACACACUCGCAGCCGAGGUGGGCACUGUCGUGGAGAACCAGGUUCGCGCUGCUCCCACGCAUCUUGUUUCGGUGCUUUUAGCAUCGGAUCAAUCUGUUCUUCUGCGACUGGUCCCAUAUCUUCCUGCGCUGGCAAAGUCGCCGGUCGUAUUCCAUAUUGAGACAGGCGCACAGCACGCCGACGUGCUUCUUUUGCGUCAGAGCGGUGUUUGCGUCUUGUAUUCGGCGACCGCAGCGCAAGCACAGGAUAAUGCAUUUGUUGCUCACAAGAUUGCCACGAGUAGUGGCACGGGCGUGCUUCACUUUUAUGACAAGGAUGCAUCCUCGCUGCAGCGCAUCGAUGCCGGCGCUUUGCGCAAGGCCAUCCCGAAGGAGGCCACCGCUGCAGCCCUCACUGAAGAGCUCGUGGAAAAUGCGUUUAAAGACGCUACCUCGCUUGCUGGACAUGCUGUACAACCUUACGCUGUCUACGGCGCCAACACGGGAGCUACUUCCUGCGCCAUUAUCCUUGGCCCCGGUGGUAACGAUUUGGCCGACGCCGCGCAUAUCCCUGUGAUUUCGCUCAGCUUUAUUCGCCCAUUGUUUGCACAGCGUCUGGUGGAGCUCAUUACCCCCGCUGCCGACCGCAUCGCAGUGUUGGAACGCAGUGCGAAGCGAUCCACACGUCUUGCGCCAUUGUUUGUGGACAUUGCAAGCGCUUUUCAGCACGUACCCGAGCGUUCCAUGCCUUCUGUAUUUAUCAGCGGCGUGCUUGGCAAUGUGAAUAUCAAGUCAGCCGACGCUGCAGCCCACACGCUCGCCCGCGCGUUUGACACGGGCGAGACUGGAUUCGUUGUCGGUGACGCGCUGUCUGUGCCUACCGAAUCAGGGAACAUGGCUAUCGAACGCAAAGAGUUUAGGCACGAGCGCGGCUACCAUACCAUGCUUGAACAGCUGUUCAAAGAGCGUCUCCAUGUGGUGAACGCGCCCAGCGACGCGUCACAUCCUUCUGCGGCAAGCCCUGAAUACGCCUUUGGUCGCGUUCUUGCAGAGCUGGAGCAAUGUGAUCAUCUUCAGGACGAGGCUCGCCGUAUUGUUGCUAAUGGCAGCGUUUCAGCCGAGCUUCUUCGUGCACUCGAAGCGUGGCUUGCUGCCAAGAGCGACGCACAGCGUGCCGAUGCCUGCACUGCACUUCGCACUGCACUAAACUCGUCCGAUUCACGGGACGUUGAAACCUUGCGCGCAUUUGACCAACACUUUGACCCCAAGAGUCGCUGGAUUAUUGGCAGCGAUGCCUGGGCGUACGACGCCGGUAUGGGCGGUGUUCACCACGUAAUUUCCUCUCAGCGCAACGUCAACAUGCUAAUUUUUGACACCGUGCCCUACUCGGGCCGCGAGAAUGUGCCGCUGCACCAGCGCAAGAAGGACAUUGGGCUGUACGCUAUGAACUAUGGCAACACGUACGUUGCUAGCACAGCGCUCUACGCAAACUACACGCAAGUUUUGCACGCCAUGAUGGAAGCCGAUCGCUUUGACGGUCCAUCUAUUGUGCUUGCAUACGUUCCCUAUCACAUCUUUGACGCCCCCGCUCUCGAUGUGCUUCGCGAGACCAAACUCGGCGUGGACUCGGGGUACUGGCCGAUGUACAGGUGGGAUCCCAGCGCGGAAGAGCGCGGCAAGGAAGUGUUCCAUCUGGACAGUGUCCGCAUUCGCGAGCAGCUUCGCGCAUUUUUGGACAGGCAGAACCACUGGAGUCUUUUGUCCAAUGCCCAGCCGCAACUACCGUACGACAUUGUAUCGUCGCAAGGCAUUGCGCUUCGUGCACACCAGCAGCGCAAAGCGAAAGAGGCGUAUGACAGCCUUCUCGGCUCGCUCGAGGGCCCACCUCUUCUCAUUCUCUUUGCCUCUGAUGGCGGCGGCGCCGAAAAAGUCGCAAAGCGCCUUGGCACGCGUGGAAAGUUGCGCGGACUUGGUGUGCGUGUGAUGGCCAUGGACGACUUUCCGUUGGACGAUCUCGCCGUGGAAACCAACGUUGUGCUAGUCUCUUCCACCGCAGGCCAAGGCGAGUUCCCUCAAAAUGGGCGCUUGUUUUUCAAGGCGCUUAGCAAAUUGCCCACGGGCAUGCUCACCGACGAGACGCGCUUUGCCAUUUUUGGUAUGGGUGACAGUCAUUAUUGGCCGCGUCCAGAAGAUGCUGGGUAUUACAACAAGCCUGCAAAGGAUCUGGACAAGCGCAUGGCUGACAUUGGCGCGCAGCGUCUUAUAGAGCUUGGUUUGGGCGAUGACCAGGAUGCGGAUGGCUGGCAGACUGGCUACAAGCCUUGGGAGUCGUGCCUUUGGAAAGCGCUUGGCGUGGACAAUGUAGAAGUCACGGAGCAGGAGCCGGAGCCCAUCACCAACGAGCACAUCAAGAUUGCAAGUAACUAUUUGCGCGGUACCAUUGUCGAGGGCCUCCAGGACGAGAGUACUGGGGCAAUUGCAGACACAGAUACGCAGCUGACCAAGUUCCACGGCACGUACAUGCAAUACGACCGUGAUACGAUCGAGGAGCGCAAGAAUGCGGGACUGGAGCCUGCUUACGGAUUUAUGAUCCGCGUGCGUAUGCCUGGUGGUGUUUGCACGCCCGAGCAAUGGCUGCAGCUGGAUCGCGUUGCCGAGGAUUAUGGCGGGAUUCCUUCGCUGAAAAUCACUACGCGACAAACUGUGCAGUACCACAUGAUUUUGAAGAAGAAUUUGAAGAGUGCGAUGCAAUCGAUCAACAAAAGCUUGUUUGACACCAUUGCCGCAUGUGGUGACGUGAACCGCAACGUACUGUGUACAUCGGACCCUGCCAUUACCGAGGUGCACGAGCAGAUGUACGAGUACUCGGUGAAAAUCUCAGAGUACCUCUUGCCCCGCAUGAAUGCAUACCACGAGAUUUGGCUCGACCGGGGCACGGACAGCUCCAAAAAGAUGCUCGUCGGCGGUGCUUUGCAGGACUACGAGCCCAUGUACGGGGCGUACUACCUUCCGCGCAAGUUUAAGAUUGCAAUUGCACUGCCGCCACGCAACGACGUCGACUUGUUUGCCAACGAUAUCGGUUUGAUUGCCAUUGCGGACCCACAGCGCAAGACGCUGCUUGGUUUCAACUUGGCCAUUGGCGGUGGUAUGGGCGUGACGCACUCGAUGAAGGCGACUUAUCCGCGCCUGGCCAGCGUGAUUGGCUUUUUGCGCCUUGACCAGGUUUGCGAGGCCUGCCGCGAAGUGAUGCUUAUCCAACGUGACACUGGCAACCGCCAAAACCGUAAGCAGGCACGCUUGAAGUACACUAUUGACAAGGUUUGGGGCGGUGCGGACAACUUCCGCGCGGAGCUUGAGCGCCGCCUGGGCUACAAGCUUGAGGAGCCGCGCCCCUACCACUUUGACUCCAACACCGACCGUUAUGGCUGGAGCCAAGACUACCGCGGCCUCUGGCAUUGCACGCUCUGGCUGGAGAAUGGCCGCGUGAUUGACGAGCCCAAAAGUCCUUUCCGUACUGGUCUGCGCGAGCUUGCCAAGAUUCACAAAGGCACGUUCCGCCUCACUGCAAACCAGCACAUUAUUGUUUCUGAGGUGACAGAGCAAGAAAAGCCCAAAGUAGAGGCACUUUUGCGCGAGUACCGUUUGGACAACUGGAAGCACUCUGGUUUGCGCUUAAGCGCUAGUGCGUGUGUUGCCUUCCCUACUUGUGGUCUUGCUAUGGCAGAGUCUGAGAGAUAUAUUUUUACCCUCGUCGACAAAGUGGAGAAGAUUUACCUCGAAUGUGGCCUUCGCCACGACGAAAUUACCUUCCGCAUGACUGGCUGUCCCAAUGGUUGUGCGCGUCCAUGGAUCGCAGAAAUUGGUUUUGUGGGCAAGGCGCCUGGUACCUACGUUAUGCUCUUGGGCGGAGGCUACAACGGCGAGCGUCUGAAUAAGAUUUAUCGGGAUAAUGUGCAGGAGGCAGAGAUUCUCGAGAUUCUCGGUAUUCUUAUCCCUCGCUACGCAAAAGAGCGCCUAAACGGUGAGCACUUUGGCGACUGGGUCAUUCGCGCCGGUAUCAUUGCAGAGACCACGCAUGGCGCCGCAUUUUAUGACCAUGUGGAUACACAAAAACCGCUCGUAGCAUAG